GGUCUUCUGUGACCCACAAUUAUUGGUGACCCUUGCCUGUCCAUAACGGAAAAAGCGGUUACAGAUUGGCUGAGGCAAAGUAGUGGGGCGGAGAAGAGGCUACAGCUGCCUACGCGCAUGCCUGGUGCGUGCGCGGUGACGGCGGCUACGGCGGCAGGCGGUGGCAGUCAUGGCGGCUCAGUGCGUGAGGCUGGUGCAGCGCAGUCUUCCGGCUUUGGCGUUGUCUCUCAGGCCCUCUCCACGGUUGUUGUGCACAGCCACGAAACAGAAGAACAGUGGCCAGAACCCGGAAGAGGACGUGGGUCAGAGUGAACAGAAGGCAGAUCCUCCUGCUACAGAGAAGACCCUCCAGGAACAGAAGGUCAAGUUGGAGGAGCAGCUGAAGGAGACUGUGGAAAAAUAUAAACGAGCUUUGGCAGACACUGAGAACUUGCGGCAGAGGAGCCAAAAACUGGUGGAGGAGGCAAAAUUAUACGGCAUUCAGGCUUUCUGCAAGGACUUGCUGGAGGUAGCUGACGUUCUGGAGAAGGCCACGCAGUGUGUUCCAAAAGAAGAAAUUAAGGACGAUAACCCUCACCUGAAGAACCUCUACGAGGGGCUGGUCAUGACUGAGGUCCAGAUCCAGAAGGUGUUUACCAAGCACGGCUUGCUCAAGCUGAACCCUGUCGGAGCCAAGUUCGACCCUUAUGAACAUGAGGCCUUGUUCCACGCGCCGGUAGAGGGGAAGGAGCCGGGCACAGUGGCCCUAGUUAGCAAAGUGGGGUACAAGCUGCAUGGGCGCACUCUGAGACCCGCCCUGGUGGGGGUGGUGAAGGAGGCUUAGCUGCCGUUGAUGGGGUGGGUGGUUUUUAAUGCUGUAACUCCUAAGGCUGCUUCAUUGUUUCUCAUCUGUGAGCACAUUUGACCUUUUCCCAAACCUUGUUGGAAAGCGAAGUAACUAGUGGCUAAACAGAAAAUGAAGCCGAUUGCACAGUUGCGUUACUGAACCCUGAUUCAGGAGUCCGUUCCCUGAUUGUUAGUGCCACACGUUGAGUCUUUCCACAGACUUUCUGAAGAGCUCGGUGGGCCCUGCCGGGUGUCCAGAGCAUCAUGAGUUUACGUGUCUGCCCAGACUCUCCUGACACCAAAGUAUUUUAAACAAAUAAAAAUCGGGGAAUUUCAUUUGGCUGCGUGGACGCACCAGUCUGCACUGAGUGUCCCCGCGGCUCACUGCGGUGCGUGAGCAACUUGGCACACUUAGCCCAUUGUACAUUUCAUUCAUUAAAGGGAAGGCAAGAGUUGAAACCUUUUUCUUACUUUAAAAAUAGUAUGAUCUUUGUGAAGAACAGUGAGUUCGUUUGUCAUCAGUCAACAGCCGACUGAAACUGACCACUGAGAAAUGUGUGUGGGCACUGACAAUCCUCAGCACCUUUCUUUGGCCAGGAAUUGACCUUGGCCAAGUUUAUUUUACCCUGUUUUGUUCACCUAAAUGCAGACACAUUUAAAUCAUACCCAGCUAGUUACUAACGACCUCAAGGUAUGUUUCCUGGCAAAAUGGACUUUCUCAAAAUAGAACUGCACACUGGUGUCUUUAAAUGUUGAUGUUUAAUUUAAAAAUUUUAUUUAAGAGGAUUAAAGCCCUAAUGUUUAUUUUCCUA